GCGGUUCUCCCCUCGCAGGCUGCUGCCCGGGCGUGCAGGGCCCGACCGCCGCCAUGUCGGGCCCGUUCGAGCUCUCGGUGCAGGAUCUCAACGACCUGCUGUCGGACGGCAGCGGCUGCUACAGCCUACCGAGCCAGCCUUGCAACGAGGUCACCCCCAGGAUCUACGUGGGCAACGCGUCUGUGGCUCAAGACAUCCCCAAGCUGCAGAAACUAGGCAUCACACACGUGCUGAAUGCCGCGGAGGGUAGGUCCUUCAUGCACGUCAACACCAAUGCCAACUUCUACAAGGACUCCGGCAUCACCUACCUGGGCAUCAAGGCCAAUGACACGCAGGAGUUCAACCUCAGCGCCUACUUUGAAAGGGCUGCAGACUUCAUCGACCAGGCCUUGGCUCAAAAGAAUGGCCGGGUCCUCGUCCACUGCCGGGAAGGUUACAGCCGCUCCCCGACCCUAGUUAUCGCCUACCUCAUGAUGCGUCAGAAGAUGGACGUCAAGUCUGCCCUGAGCAUCGUGAGGCAGAACCGUGAGAUCGGCCCCAACGAUGGUUUCCUGGCCCAGCUGUGCCAGCUCAAUGACAAACUCGUCAAGGAGGGGAAGUUGAAACUCUAGGGCACCCCCUCGGCCUCUUCUCUAGAGGCAGGCCAGGGACGCCCUGGUCGAGGUGUCCGAAGCCGCCAUGUUUAGGAAACACAGUGUACCCUGCUCCCAGCAUCACCAGGCACUUGCCCACAAGUCUGUCCCAACACAGCCCUGGGCCACUUUCCCCCUGGGGAGCACAUAAACAAGCUUGCUAAGGAAGGCAUUGUCGCUCCCUGGUGUGUCCUGUGCCUGUAGUUUAUGAUGUCCUCUCCCUGAGGUGGGGGCGCAGAGGGGGAAGGCCUGUGACGUGCAUGCUUCUCCUGGAUGACCCAAGGCAGGAGGUCUGUGGCAGUGAAAGGCUUGAGAUGCCCCCAGGGGCCCUUCCUGACCUCUGUUGCCCCCUGCCUCCCUCCCCCGCUCCCUACCAUGCACCCUGGGCCCUCUCCUGAGUGGGGCCCUCAGCACCUCGAGCCCUGUAAGGGAACUAUGCAAACACAGGCCCCUCUCUCCCCUCCCUGCCUGCCUCCUCCUCGCUCAUCCCAGCUGUUCAUAGGCAGAGGUUUGCAUUUUGAGGGCUGAAGCUGGCCCCCCACCCCGGCCCCGGCCAGCAGUUGAUAGUGGGUGGAAAUUCCCAUGAAGAGACUGCAUUUUAAGUAUUUCAGUAGGAUUAAAGAUACCCAAACAAAGAGGCCGUCAGGUGGGCAGACAUUCCUCUGGAGGACUCCUGUCAGUCCACAGUAUCUAGAAUGGCAGAAUCUUUGGCAGUCACUUGGAUUGUUAGAAGAGUGAUGUCUUGGGCAUGGUUUUAUUUUAUAUUAUUAUGAUUAUUUUCUGAGAAAACAGGGUGUUGAAGUUCCAGCCUAUUUAAAACCCCCACCAUUUGAAGAAUUAUAAAGGUUUUGUCCUGAAUUAUAGCGUGGGCGAGCUGGAGCUCCUCAUGCCAACUGCUUUUUGUCUCUGUUGCUAUUCCAAGGACAGAAGGAGGAAGUUGGCCAAUUACAGGGUGCGUGUGUGGGUGUGGAGGGGGGUGUGUGUCUCAGAAACACAGCCAGAGGAUGGAAGAGCAGGCUUUCACCCCGCCCACUUCUAGGUGGGUCUUAGGGCUCUGUGGUGCCAAGACCGAUCCCGGAGCCCUGGGAGCAAAAGUGAGUCAGCCAGGCCAAAAUGAAGCACAGCGGGGCCUCCAAGUGGAGACUUUACUGGUUGUAGAGCAAACAAACAAAACAGAGCCACCUUUUUUUAGGACUAAUUCAAGGAUGACGUUAGUCAUCCAUAAGGAUGAUGCUUUCUCGUGUGCACACAUGUGUCAGAAUAUAGGAGUUUUGUUUUGAAAACAGUCUUGUUAGGACUUUGAGUGAUUGUUGCCAUGGAAAGGGAUGCAUUCCUGUCGUCUUCAGGUUCCCCGACAGCAGAGAGGUGGUCCUUAGCCAUACCUGCCGCCCCCCCUCCCCCAGCUCCUCGCACACAGAGAUCUAGAAAAGUUUGCAGAAUUUAACUUUUCCUUAUUGUUUCUGAGCCCCAGACCCAUGCAGGGUGAUGUUCUGGCGGGUGUUAUCAAGCUCCCAGAAACCUGAAUUUGUGGUAGGAUCCCUUGCAAGGAUUUGCAGAAGGAGUCUUACCAGAAGUAAAAAACCAAGGACUUUUGUCGAGUCUUCAAAAUUCCAUUGUAAAUGGAAAUUCAGGCAGUGUUCACCUGUCGAGGUGGGGAAAUGUGCCUUUUUCAGAGUUGACCAGGGGCUUCGGGCUAGACGAGGAGAAGCAGGGUGCCGCAGGGUCUCACUCCCGGGUAUCGUGGCCUCUCCCGUCACAGGGCCAGAGCGCGGGGUCUGGACGGUCGCUUUCCUCUGUGACCACAGCCGCAUCGAACAAACUAGGAGUUGUGGUCUCUCCCAGAGACGGGACUGCCCACAUAAACCCACCUCAGUGAAAUGGCCAUCCUCUAACCCAUGUACCUCACCUUCUGGUUUCCCAAGAACCAUCCCACUUAAUCUAACUUGAUCCUUCCAAUAACCCUAUCCAGUUGGCAGAGCUUAUUCAUGUAUUGUGACCUUUGAAAAGGAACUGACGGAGGGCAGGGUGCCUAUCCGUCCCGGCUCUGAGGAAGAGCCAAAUUAAGAUUUCAGGUUUGCUGCUUCCUGAAACUGAAUCUUUUGUCCCAUACUAGGCUUCCCAUCAAGAAAGGAACCCCCUUGGAGUGUCCAGGGGCAGGCAUAUGCCCUUGACCCAGCCGGUGUGCCUAGGAGCCAGUUUUGUGGAUGGAGUACAACCAUUCAAGCUGCGGUGCCAAGAGGGAGGGUGGGUCCAGAAGAGGGUGGGAGGGAUUUGAUACAAGCCCAUCCCCGCUCCAGGAGCAGGAAGCAAGAAGCCUGGGUCCCUGAUUUGGUUAGAAGGUGUGCCUCUUCCUCCAGGAAGCACAUAGCAUCCCUAAGUUGGAGCUUUCCCUUCUGCUUCUGGAAGAGGCUCUGGGACUGGGGGGAAGGGCACCCCCUCCCACCCAUCAGCAGUGGUCCCGCCAUGGGACAGGGGCAGCUAGCUACUCAGGCUCCUUUAAUCAGGACCUCUUGAAGGCCUUUUGGUGGGGGCCUGAGGGAGAAAAGGCCACUGGGAAAAUUACUGCCUUUACUUGGGCAAUUACUUUUAUGCUGAUAACGGGGAUUUCUUGGUAGUCUUUGGUCCCAGAAACCCUAUCUUUACAUCAUGAGAUUUAGCUCCUAAUUUUUGAGUAAAAUAAAAUUCUAUGGUGUAAGAGCCAGCACGUGCCCAGCUGCUCAUGGUCGUUUUCUGGAUGGCUUUCUACCCCUGGGAAGUGAUGGAAUAGGAACUCAGGGUGCCCUUACCCUCCCCCGUGACCUGAUCCCUUUCUUUGACUAGCAAACCCCCACCUCGGUCAAAUUAGAGUACUAGAUGGUUUUCUUCUCAAAUCUAAAAACAGUAUACUUUCCACAGGCUGGUCUGUUUCUCUGCCACUCUGAGUUAUCUGGAGAGCAGAAACCACCAUCUGUCAAAACAAGGGGACUCAUCUAGAAGACCUCUAAGGUCCCUUUGGCUCUGACACUGUAUGGGGUUCUCUGAGAAUCCCCACCUGGAAUUUCCCACCACCUGGGAAUUAUAGGGUAUGUAAUAAUACGGUGACCAGCAGGUGGCGCUGUGUUCCACCCAUGGUGAUGGAUGGUUUGAAAGGGAAUGUUGGUGCCUUUUGUGUCACAAGUUAAUGUUAAGAUGCUAAUGUUUUAAUCCAAAUAAGCACUGAUCUUAUAAUAGGAAGAUAUGCACUUUCCUCACAGGAGAUUUCUGCCAUAAAACCAGUAUCAAGAACCACUGAAGAGCCAACAGUGUUGGUCUUAACCAAGUUAAGACUUUAUCCUGAUUGGAAGUAGAGGCCCUCUCCCGUUGAGAGAGCAGAGAGUGGUUGGAAGCUUGAUUUAUCUCCUGUCAGCUUUCAGGGUAAUUUGACUGUGAAAGCGUGAGUUUCCUGGACAGAAAAGGGCAGGUAUUAACAUUGGUUUUAAAGGAAAGUGAGUUUAACGUCUGUUGUAUCACAAAUCAGUGUUAAAACACUAACUGUAACCAAAAUAAAUGUCUUACAUUACAUAGAAA